AUGCAAAUAUUUGAUAAAUUUCAUGCUAAUAACUCAAGCAGUGAAGAAAUGAACCUUCAAGUUUCUCAUAAAAUGUCCUUGAAUAUCAACAAACUCACGAUUUUGCAGCACUUGAAGUUCGUAUUUCCAGAACGUAAUGAAGAUAAAUUGAGUUCUUCCAACUUAAAAAUGCACAAUAAUUCUCAAGGAAAUCCGCUGGAAACUCGAAUCGCUCUUAAAACUUCCGCUCCAAAACUGUUGCACAACUCAUUGCUGUUGAAUAAAAAUCGUUUCAUCAUUCGAAUCGAGCAGCGAAGAAAGAAAAAACAUUGA